CGAAAAUCCUCCCACACGCUGACGCUGGUGCCCGUUGCUCUGUCCUCUGUUCGAAAAAUUUCCUCUUGUUGAGACCUGGGGCAUCUCUCUCUCUCGCCCCCCCCCCCCCCCCCCCCCCCCCUGCUCGCGGCGCAGCGGAGCCGACGCGAUGCCGCCGAGGAGGAAACGGCGAGCACCACCGGCCAAGUCGCAGAGGCAGACGGAGCCGGAUCCGCAACCGCAAGUGCCCCCUGGCGCCGACGCGCCGCUGGAAGAGCGGCUGAUAUGGGGCAGCCAACAAGAAAGCGAGCGCCGGAUUACUGCCAUCAAAGCCAUAAAAGACGCGGAGGCUGGGAACAUACAUUACCAGUUGCAAUUGGCACGGUCCUAUUAUUCCGAGGAGCAAUUGGAGGGAAACGCCAUGCAGUAUUUUCAGGAGAACUUGCACAAUCUGUCGGUUGUUCCGAACGAGGAAUAUGAUGUGCUUGAGCUGAAAUGGAAUAACGGCGGCGAAUGGAUGAUUGGAGACUUUGCAGAUGACAGGACUCUACGGGCUUCGAUUGCAUCAUUCACAGCUGCUGAUGGACUUCAGUUCCCAAGGGAUUCAGACUUCUAUACGCGCACUAGCAAUUUCAGUGACUUUGCUUGGAGUGAGCAGCCUGAAGGCCAAAUGGCAGGAGCAUCAGAAGCUUUUCAGACACCUGGGGCUGUGAGUAACCGGCUAUCCUGUGGCAUGACACCCAAAACUGUGAGGCUACCCAAGAAUGGUGAGAUGCUCCUAUCUGUGCAUGGUUCACCUCUUGGGGUCUAUAAAGAAGAAAAUUUAGCAGCCAUUGAAGAAUCUGGUAACGGAAGUGAAGAUGCUCCCUGAUAACUCACUGAUAUCACCUGAUGGUGCCAGCCUUUGACAAUAACAGUAAUGCACUUUGAAAUUAGUGUUUAGGUCACUCUGUAUUUUGAUGAACCCUAUUGUAGCAUGCCGACUUUUAUUCAGCUGACAUUAUUGUGCUUUGAACAGUGUUGUUAGCUUUGCUGCCAAGGAGGUCGGCAGAAUCACUUGGCUCCGGCCUCCGUGCCAUUUCCACCAGACGAGUUUAUUUACGAACUGAGCCGAAGUUUUUCUCUACACAACCCUCGUUACAGGCAUUACUGAAAUAGAUCAUUAGAACAAGUCCAUUGUUGACCACGGCCACCAAAAUCUAGCUUGAAUUCAAAUUGAUUAUAAUUGGGUGACAGCUUUAGACGACGGGAUAGAUAAACACAAUUGACUCAGAGCUGAAGCAGUUUCGAUGCAAAAGUCCAAAAACCUAUCUGUGGGCCUGUUUGGUUCAGCUUUUUCUGACCAUGGAGAGAAUCUGACUUUAGAGAGAAUCUGAGUAUCGUUAUGAUUAUAUACGACGGAAGAUAAAGGUGUCCAC